AUGUUUUGGAUUAAUACGGGAAAUAUUUCUAAGGUGGAAAGAUCAACUUUAUACGGAACACAGCAUGUCACUAUAGCGGUACAUAAUCUUGCGUAUUCAACUGGUAUCACCCUUGAUAGAAGAAGAAAGCUUAUAUUCUGGCUGAGUCAAUGGAACUUGAUAGAGUCCAUAGACUAUAAUGGCAACAAUAGAAGGAAAGUUUUUCAAAGAGAUGGAGUUGACUUUUUUGGACUUACUUUUAUCUCGUCUGAUUUAUUCACCACUAACCGGUGGUUAUCAAGGAGCGUUUACAGACUGAAUACCUCCAAUGGAAAAGUUAAAAGUAAUGUAACCGUCACAAGCUACUGGGGAGGCUUUUAUGGUCUCGUUGCAUAUGAUAGCUCCUUGCAGUUACCAGGUUUGCCAUCAAAUUAUUCAAACUUGAACUGGUUAUUCUGGAACUUGGAAUUUUAAUCCUGUGAUUGAAGACUUUGGCAGUCUAGUCCGAUAUAAACAAUGAUCCCAAGCAAAAGCGACAUUGACCACUUUCGCUAAUUACUUCAUUGCUGUAUGUGAGCGGUUGUAAAAUUACAUUUGUAUAAUUCUACUGUCAGAUUGGUAUCAAAAUAGAAAAAUUGACCCCUUUCGUUUUGACUGUAAAGGGAGAGGCAGUAAUUUUAAACUACAAAUCGAAAAGUUGCCAAUACCAGUUAAAAACUAAAACUCGACAAAAUAUCUCCCAGUUGGCUCGGAAGCUGACAUACGCUUUAAAAUGCAACUUAACACAGAGUUCUCACUAAAAACAGCAUUUCGGCCAUAUUUUGUUUCUUACGAGAAAUUGGUCAAAAAUCGCAAAUCAAUUGGCUGUUGUCGAGUGCAUUCCUCCUGUGUUUACGUUGGGUAGAUUUUCACUUGAGUUUUGUUCCUUUUUCAUUACAGUGAUAACAUGUCCAGUGCCUUCACCAUCCAGUGGUACAAGAGCCAUAUGUUCGAGGAAUGCAACCUGUCAGUUCUCGUGUGAGGAUGGCUAUGUAGGAUCUGGCUCUCAAGUAAGAAGAUGUCAGCGCAAUGGAACUUGGACUGGACACAAUUAUUCUUGUCAAAGUAGGUCCUCGAAGCUUGGUAAUGACCGAUAUGCAAUAUAUUCCGUUUUAUUUUGUAAAUAACCACCGGCAAGUCAGUACAUUCGGUGUCUGGUGGGAGUGAAUAUGAGUCGCUGCCGUGUACAAGUGUACCUCUGGUCAGCGGAGUUUUUACUGCAAAGGUGAAGCAGCAUGGAACUCCUUGCCAGGGGAGUUGAGGAACUAUGCGAGUUUAAAUCGAAAAAAAACCACAGGCCCUUCUCUUUGACGAGUUUUAACUGUCCAUACACUAACACUGAAAUUAUAAUUAUAUGCGUUUUAAUAUUGAUAUUAGUACUUUUUAAGCUGUAUUUUCUAGGGGCCGGUUAUUAAGACAAAGUGUAGCCGUUCUCAUCGCCCAGAACUCAGCGACAUAUCCGAGACUUUAAUUGAGACACUGGCGCUAAAUUUAAAAGCUAAUUUAAAGAAAUGCACUCAUCGGCACGAAGCGGAUCGACAGACCUGUUCUCGAAGCUGGUGACGAGAUCUUCCGGCAAACGUUCGGGUGGUUCCCACGUAUUUUCAUUCGAGGAGUAGUUCAAAACGGAUCCAAAUAUGAAUAAUUAUCUAACUAUUCGCUCAGGCGUAAGCCUGUUUUAGGCGGGUAUUUGUUUGUUUUUCUCUUUGCCAUCCGGACUUCAAAGAGAAAAUAAAAAUCCGGUAAUAUGCUCUCGGUCAUACUGUGCGUUAACCGGCACAGUAAAAGAGCGCGAGAGUGAAGUUCAAGUGAGUGACCCGUGCCUCGCACGCUCUUGUAAACUCUAUCGCACCUUGGGAUUUACUUUACGCAUCCAACCGUUUGAUUGACAGCAGCUGAAAUCUGCGAAGAGACUCAAGUAUUCCCAAAGCUAAAUCUGUUGGCCAAUAUAGCCGACUAGUUCUAGACCUGCAAAUUAUGCCGCGCGUUGAUAAAUUGGGCACUGUAAGUUCAUGUCUCGAGAAACAUUGGCUUUCUAGGCGAUGUUUAACAAAACCGCGUUCUAAACUAUCUUGAAUUUAGCUGAAUCUUUUAUCUGAACAUUCAUUACUGCGAAUAGCGUCAGGAGGCCGAAAGCAAAGAGUUUCUUUUUCCUUAGAGCUAUCUAGGACUCUUCUUAGGGGAAUGUUUGAAUAAAAGCAUACAAGUACAUAUAGGAACGUGGUAAAAUGGUCGAGCGUUUCUAAGGAACCAUGAGAAUUCUCCAAUAAGUCUUCUGCGUAAACGAAUGGUGACGUCAUUAUUCAACGAGUUUGCGAACACCGGUUGAUUUUGAAAGAAGCAAGUGUUUUUUACUUUCGAUUUCUUGAUAGCAAAUUCCAGUGCAUAAGAGCCAUUGAUUUUAGGGUAGUCUGCCCAAAUUUUGUUUUCAUCUUUAGGAGGUCUAGGAAAGUCUCUAAGGGGAUCGAAAUGGCCUUUGUAAACGUAUUCCUAGGCUAUUUAGUAUUAUCAACUCCUUACCUGCAUGCGAAGGUAAAUGUAAAUUGGAAAAGAAAAAUUUAGUUUAAAUGUUUUAUUUAAUGAACAUUUUUAUUUGGCUUCUUGCUUUUGAAAGUUAAUAAAACUUUUAAUUAUGUUAUAACCAUAUUGAUUAUUAUCUAUGUGUGUUGUAUUGCAGAGAUCACAUGUCCAGUACUGUCUCCACCAACUCAUGGAACAAGAUAUGGAUGUCCAGGAAAUUUGCCAUUAGAUAACGGUACCGUCUGUCGGUUCACGUGUAAUAAUGGCUAUGUAGGAUCAGGAUCUCAAGUCAGAAGGUGUCAGUACGAUGGAAUUUGGAGUGGACAGAACUUCGUUUGUAAAAGUAGGUUCCCAAAGUUUAUCAGAUAGAAAGAGUAAUGUUCAUACGUCAAAACGAACAAGAAGUCAUUGAUAACUGAUUGCGCAAAAUGUUAGUUUAUCUCACCUUCUUUCUAUUUUUUAGUCAUCAGCUGUACAUCGCUGAUGAUAAAUUGCAUUUGCAGCUCAGUUCUAACACAGGACUGUGUCUAAGAACUCGGCCAACCAAUAUAAUUAUUCCAGUUCAUUUAGUUCUCCCACACGCGCAGUCGAUAACCAUUGAGUUUUUCUAAAACCGAAAAAAGAGGUAAUUCUUCAGUCGAUAGUUGAUGAAAUGCGAGAGUUAUGAAACUCCAAACUAUCCCCUUGUUAUACCUGAUUGUGAGCUUUUUAAAAUCAUGUUUAUUUGACACUGUUCUAGUUUUGAUUUUGGUCUUACUAUUUUGUUUGCCUCAUAUACGUUUAUAAAUGACACUACAUGCCGUGUUAAGCGUAAAUUUUUUAGCCGAGGAUCGGAGAACCAUUUCUACCCGACAUCAAAUGUCUGCGUGGCUUCCGCUGAACUUAUUUCUCUCUAUAGUCAGAGUUAAAUGCCAGGUUGUGAUAUACUCGAAAGAUGAGUGUCAUGCUAAUUAUAGUCGGAUUUCUUCUUCAGCUUUAAAGUGCCCGAGCUUGUCAUUACCGAGGAAUGGCGUCCUCUUCGGAUGUAACACCAAUAAUACAGAGAUGUUAUAUGACACUGAAUGCAGGUUCUUUUGUAAGGAAGGAUCUGAAGCGAUUGGUGCAACAAUAAAGAGGUGUGCUGAAAAUGGAACGUGGAUUGGACCAGACCUUGUUUGUCCAGGUACGAGAGAUGCGAACUAUUGGUACUAUCAAAAUGUUAUGGAAUUUAAGUGGUUUUCGCUAAUUUUUACUUGUUGUAUUCAUUGCGUCGCAUGACGAAUCGAUUCGAGAUCGUCAGUGGUCUUUACGCCCAACGUUUGCAGCGAUUGUAGACCGCGAUAGUCGACCUAACAUCGUUGCACCGUUAAUACUCGGGGCCACGCGGUUGAUCUCAUAUUUCUGUACAUGGAUCAAUCAAUGUACGGUGAAAGAGAUCUAAUAACUUGACGACCCUGGAUCACGAAUCGAUACAGGGUCGUCAAUAGUCUUCAUAAGGUUGAAGCAGUUGUAGAUCAUGACAAUCAAUCAAACAACAUCGCAGCAAUCUUAUGUAUGGGGCCUGUCAGAUGAUUCCAUGCUUCUGCACAUCAAUCACUCGAUUUAUAAUCGUAGAAUGGAUCUUCACUGUCUUUAUGUGUUUAAGACUCAGUGACGAUACAUUUGCCAUUAUCUGGCUGUAUUCAAUUUUAUCAAUGAUAUCAAUAAUGAACAAGCGGCGACAUGUGCAGGUUCGCUAUAUUACACUUCUACUAUAAAUUCUAACUUUCUUGAGGGCUUGGUCCUGUUUACAUCUUAAGCCGUUGUUACGAUAUCGAUAUUGAUUUGAUAGGUAUGAAUCAUAAAGUCUUAAAUUUAUACAGAAUGGCUAUGAACUCACUGUAGAUUGCCAACGAUUGAGCUGAAAAAAAUACUUACAAGCACGAGGUUUACGUUAUGAUGAUGAUGAUGAUAGCUUGUCUCGGUUAUAGAUCCAACGAGUGGUAAGUACACAAUGAUACAAUAUCUGCAGAUCAAUAUUUGAAAACUCUCUACAUAGCUUGAAGGUUUGCAUACUCAUGUAGAUGUUUAGGAAUAAUAGUUAUCAUAUUAACAAGCCAAGAUUUCCCGAGGUGCAAAUACGAGAAGCUUGAGUAUCGUGAGGGGGAAAAUAUUGUUUCAGUACACCUGAACGUAAAGAAGCUGUAUACUCCAAAUUAGCCAUGCGAAAUGCGUUCUGUUUACUUUCACUUACUCUCGAUAAUAUCUCCUACCUCUCCUUCAGAUCUUUCAGCAGGGACUGUGCUGGGUGAGUCCUUCCUCGAGCAGACGAUUCAGGACCGCCUACAGUAUUCUGAAUGAGACAUAUAACCCUUUCCCACACACCCUCCCCCGGCUGCCGUCUGCAUACUUUUUCCUCAGGUCCUCGCCUACCUUGACUUAUCGCGCCUGGCUUGUCCUGUUCACAAAGUUCAAGGCAUCUUCCAGAAAGCCUGCGAACCUGGGUAUAAUACAACGCUGAGAGGCCAUAUCUGACUACAUCAUUGAGGAGAAGACUACGCAAAGCUAUGUUAUGAGUUAAAGCAUUAAGCUCGCUAUUAUGAGCGUGCGGAGUUCUUCAUUGUUGCUGAUGGACUGCAGUAAUUAAUGUUCAACGCAAGACAAAGAGUGAGAAAAACGUUCAAUGGCAAAACGUAAGGAGCUUGCACAAACUAAGCACUUAACAUGAUGAAAUAAAAAAUAAUAACAAAAAAAGUAAGCGUAAAUGUUUCUCAAAGUCGAAGGCAACACAUCGAAAGGCGCGAUUUUCAUAUAUAACUAUAGCAACAGUGAUCUUCAAGCAUGAAAAGAUAUCAUGUAUUCGUGCGAAAUAAAGAUCUCGUGUUAAAAGCUAGUUCUUUUGUUUUAGCGUGCGAGCGUGCCGUGUGCGUGCGUUCACCUUAUUCCCUGGAUCCCGCGGAGGGUCACAUAUAAUAAAUUUUGAGUUCUACUGUUGACGAAGAAACAUGUUGUUAAUUUGUCACAAAUGCUGAACGAAGGAAAAAUCAGAGUCCGCUUUGACAAAUCGAACCACAGACCUUCGGAAUUCACGGUUCGAUGAUCUACCAUGGAGCUUAAAGAGCACUCGUUGAUGACCAAGGCCGUAUACUUGGCUCGAGUUUAUUUGAGACAUUUCUGGUUUAAUGUGUUCAGUCUCUGAACUCAAUAGUACUCAGUUAUCGCUUUUCUGAUUCUAACGGGGAUGCGAGACAAAUAAUACCCUUGUAUAAAAAUUCAAUCGCCUAUCCUCCCCGCUAACGACCCACCACUGCAUAUACGAACAUACGAGGCCAUUUAAGCCCUUUUGAACCGAGAUCUAUUUUAUAGGAGCAAUUAAAAAGAUAGUAUUUUUGUGAAGUUUCAUCGGGGGCUUUGUCAAAUCUUAUCUACCAGUAAGUCCAGCAGAGCGUUAUCGCCCAGUUCACCUCCUAUUGAAAUUCUACCCAGGCCCCUCUCAUACGUGUUACAAUAUCCAUGACUUAAAAUUCCUCAGAUUGAAGCCGUCUCACCCUACUCGGCGCACAACAGCAAACGUAGACAUGAAAGGACUCAAGAAGGCUUUUCUGCUUUGGAGCACAAUCUUCAUCUCAACUCUCGCUUGCUUUCAUGAGGUAUCUGCUUCUUCGGGUAAGCCACAGAUUUUUGACAAGCAAUAAUUUCCUGUUCAAAACGAACCGAAAUUGUUUAAAUACAAGCCAUGACACGCUCACAUAGAAGUUGAAAAUUGAUGCGGAAAAUCCAACAGGCUCCUAAGAUGGUCUCAAUGAGGUUAACCGUUAGCCGUAAAACGGCCAAAAUAUUUAGCCGUUAGACGUAAAAAUUGACAAAUUUUAACCGUUAGUCGUAAAAAAAGUUAGCCGUAAAAAAUAUGUCUGGUGGAAACAAUGGAGAGUUGUUAACCGUUGGCCGGAAUUGGCCAAAAUUUUAACCGAUAGCCGGAAAAGCCAUCACCCCAUUGAGACCCUCUCCUAACGUGAAAUAGGAUAAAAUAAAUUACCCUGCUAUUCUCUCCCAACGACGCAGCAACAUAGUUUCUUUACAAACCUACCCCAUUUAAUCUUCAAUUUAGAUAAACCUUUAAUCUGAACAUUUAUUUUUGUGAACAAAGUCAAAAGGACCGAAAGCUAGUAGUGUAGGGACAUUUAUUUAAUCAAAUGAGAGGUCAUCGAGAAAGUCUGAAGUCCACUGAUUGCGUAAAACCGUGCAUUGUGGUAGACCUCGUGAUAUUUUUCGGAUUUCUUGUAACCUUUUCGUUUUUCGAAAGAAAGAUAUAUCUGUACGUGGAGUAUUAGAAUAUAAUGCAAUAAUGACCAACGUAAUGGAAACUUUCGGAAUCUAGAUCUGUUCUUCACUGUUAUUAUGCUUCCGACCCCGAUCGAGUUCACUCAUUUAGGCUUUGUGCCUUAAAAAAAAGAUAUUGGCAAUUAAGACAAAACUUAGCAGAGACAGAUUCCAACGGAGCCCUGUUGCAAAGAAGUCGGUCUUAUUCGAAAUGAAUGCAUGCCAAUAAUUUGUUAAGAACUGUGAAAUUUGAUCGUUGCGUUACAAAAGGUCUCUACUUUCCAAUAUUCGCGGUAUGAAAACAAAGUGAGAUGUUAAAGAAAGACAAAAACAAAUCAACGCCUUGCAGAUUAUGUAUUGUCGUUGAAAAAGAGGGCUAAUACCUGACAAAGAUAAAUAAUAUACAACCAAAAUAACAGUAUUUUUAGACUUGCUUUGCAAUUAGCAUAUUAAGUGCUGAGAUUCUGAGACAGACUUUGACCUUGAAAAACUGUCUCGUGAAGUAACACAACUGCCAUUGCUUUUGACGUAAUAAAUAGAGAAUAUUACAUGGGCGUGCGUAGAUAUGGAAUUUCUCUUCGAGUGCCUAACUUCGAGGUCAAGCCCUGGGGCCGAUCGUGCAAAAUUGCACGAUGACGUUGACCCUUUCGGAAAUGCUCGGAUUACAUCCGAUCGCUCUGAAAUUCCGGCUGUAGUAUGUAAACAUUCUAAGCCAAUCACAUGACGAGUUUUAGCUCCGAAAUAUCAAACGUGACCUCGGGAGCCCGAUCCGAAAAUCACUUGCGUACGAUUUUAAUCUGCGAUAAUGGCGUCCGAUGCGAAACGCUAGAGAUACAGCGUAGCUAAGGCUUUAGAGAUGAUUUUUGACGAUGGAAGUGAGCAUGGUGGUAUCUCUAGCGAUGAGGAAUCCAAAUUAGAUAGAAAACUGGAAAAUCCUAGCGAAGAAUCGAGGUAAGUAAUCUGUAAACAUUCUUGCGAUAUUUAAAUGCGUGACGCAUGUGGUGUUGAAACAUUUACUUUUACUUUUCGCACACGAAUCCUUGUUUUUUGCCUUGAAACAAACCUUUAAAUGUAUCUUUGUGAAUGAAAAGCAAUAUAUAUUGUGAUCAAACAUGAUUUUCAAGCGACAGAGAAAAUAAUCUUCGAUGGAAUGUUAGAACGCAACGGCCUAAACUAUCAGCCGAUGACAGAUCGAAUGACGCAGUGUGCGUCCGAACUAAAUCAAAUGAAAUAUUUUAUUUUUAAAACGAUAGUUGUAUAUAUAUCGACCUUUACAUUAUCUUAUAUGUUUUGUAUGUUUUUUAGAUGUGGUUCUACUUGUUGCGCUUUAUGUAUUUUGAGGUUGAUUAUCUCAUUUGUCCCUGUUUCAAGGCAAAAUUUCAGAAGUCAAACAAAGAAAUAUAGGUCCAAUGGUUGCACUGUAGACUUCAAGAGGGAUUAGUAAAUUUGGGCUUGGGGUGAUGAUGACGUCAGACUAAUUAGUCAGUAUGUCAAUCAGUGUUCACUAAAUAUGUGUACGACAUCUCAGAUUUGUUAUUUUCCAACCAAUUUUUAUGGAGAUGUUGCCCAUAUAACAAGGAACCUCUUUAGUUAAUUUUUGCCUCAUUACUUUAUAUUAUUUGGUUAUCACUUAAUUCACAGUUCAAAUUUUGAUGAUAUUGUAUGCUAAUUAAUGUUAGUUUGAAAGCAUUCAAUGAGGUUGUUUCCUUUUCUUGGAGAGGAAACAUGUAUUCCAGGAAAGCUUAUUUACUGCUGUUUCAAGUGAGGUAUAGCUUACUUCCCUUGUGUAAAUACUUGGUGAGGAAUACAUUUUUCAAUAAUCUGGGUCAAUUUUUAUGGUUUUGGGGUACAGUUUGGAAAAAAAUUCUAAUUAAUUCUGUAUUUGUUCUUUUUCAGCCAGACUCUCUGGAUGUCUUGCCCAUAAGACAAGGAAUAUUUUAUCUUGAAAUGUUUCCUUGUAACUCCAAUCCAUUCAGGCCCAGGCUGUUUCAAAGUCAAAAGUUGUACGAUAAUUUAUGCAAAUUGUAUGCCAUUUUUUAGCAUGGUUUAAAAUCCAUGGAUUUUUGGAGGCAAAAUAUAUUUUUUCUGAAAAGCUAAUUUUGUCCUCUUUCAAAUGAGAUAUAGCACUAAUCACUAGUGUAAAUACUGUUGACAAAAAAAAAAGGUUGCCAUCAUUUGUCAUUUUUUUUUAAGUCUCCUAUAAAGAGCACGAGUGAGCGCAGCGAACGAGUGAGAUGUCGAGUUGAACACGAGUUUUGAUUUGAUUUUAUUGUCUUUAUCAUUUAAACGCAAUAACCCUUUACUGGCAAGAAAAGCCGACUUCAUUUCUGAAUGAAAUAAAUGAAUCGACAAUCCUCGAAUAACAAUCUUAGAGUGCGUUGUCGCUUACUCCUAAGAUGGAAAAAUGCGUUGAAUCAUGAUUACAAAACAACAAUGGUCGUAAUUUUCAAUUCUCAAAAUUCUCCUUUAUUGACUUUGUCCUGGUGGCAAAUCUUCCAGUUGUCGAUUUUCAUUCUCAGACUAGAGAAAUGCUGACACUAAAGCCACUGAAUACGCAACUUUCGGUUUUUCUUUUAGUAUAUUGGUUUUCUUCCCUUUCUAGGAAAGUUGAACCUCACUGUCUGUCAGCGAUACGGAUUUUUUAGUGUUUUAGCCGCCAUAAUUCGAGAAAGCUCCGACGAACAACUUGUAUUAAGAAUGGUGAAGGCUUUGCCAUUAAUUCAUCAACCUGACCGAGUGGCGCCCAAGGCGAGUGACGUGUCAGCAGCUAAUUGGCUAUAUUAACACACGUGAAAAAAUACGAUAUUUUUUCACGUGUGUUGUUACGGCUUUUCUCAGGGCCGGAAAUCCCUGUAUAACACCACAGUUAAUAUGAUAAAUCAACUUUUCCAAAUUUGAAAUUCUUGCUAAUAUGAAAUCUAAACUCCAUUACUUCGAGAAUGCGCACGUAACAUGUAGCACCUCUGAGAGCCCCCCUUUAUAGUCUGGAGCAAAACUUAUUUCUCUAACGCUCAAGUUGGUUUUGUCCUUAUUCUCUACUCAGAACUGGGGAGUCCUUUAGAUAAUAUCAUACUUGUUCAAAGAACAUGCUUAAUAGAGUGAAAAAGACUGAACAACGCGACACCAAAAACAUUUAAUAUUUUGAAAAUAGAGUUACCCAUUGCCGUUCUUCUUAACGACUUAGUGGAAAGGAGAAGGAUGGCUCCUAACCGUUUUUCCCACAGAAAAAUGGACUUUCCCCUUUAUCACGAGCAAAAACGGACUAUGAAAUCAGAAAUAUUACGUUUAUCGUGCUGAGUCCGGGGAUUUUUUUGGUUUUGUUUUGUUCGUCGGGGAUGUGAGGAAUGCGACAAUUCCCCAGCAGUACUAAAUCUGUAUUUGAGAUCGACUAUCAUUAAAUCGCGUCUAAAUUGUUUUAAAAAUAUUUUAUGGACUGAUCGUUUUACCAUUAUUUUCCUUUGCGUGUUCUUUUCCUUAGCAUUGAGGCGUCCGUGCAACUCGCCAUGUCUUCUGGUUGCAGAUUUACGCAGCGUAUUAGCUUUGGAUUACGACAACAAGUCGAUAUUUCCAGUCGUUUCCACUUUACCAGUCGUUAGAGAUGUAGACUUUCAUUACAACCAGGGCUACAUAUUUUGGUGUGAUGUGGGAAGUAUCCAGCGCUCGAAUAUGGAUGGCACAAACAUUACAGUUAUCCACUAUGACGUGCCCUGCCGUGGGUUGGCAGUAGAGUGGGACUUAUUCCAGCUGUACUGGACUAGUUAUUUCCAAACUAUAAUGGUAUCAGAUCUCGACGGAAAUAACAAACGCACUGUUGUUUCUUCGCUGUUGGGACCAACCGAUAUCGUUCUUGAUCCACACCAAGGGUAAGUACUGUAUGAACGAGUGGACGAUCCCGCAAACCAAUUAAUUAUUAGUGGAGAUUUUUCCAAUGAAAAUCUAAGGUUGAGAUGAAUUUGUGUAGUAAAUUGCUGAUAAAUCCAAUAACCGAUGCAGCUGAGUGAUUUCCUCCACAGAUUGAUGUUUUGGAUUGAUACGAGAAAUAUUUCUAAGGUGGAAAGAUCAACUCUAUACGGAACACAGCGUGUUACUUUAGCGGUGCAUAAUAAUACGUAUCGAGCUGGUAUGACUCUUGAUAGAAGAAGAAAGCUCAUAUUCUGGCUGAAUGAAAGGAACUCAAUAGAAUCCAUAGACUAUAAUGGCCAGAAUAGAAGGAAAGUUUUUCAAAGAGGUGGAGUCAACUUCCGGGCGAUUACUUUUAUCUCAUCUGAUUUAUUCGUCUUUAACCGGUGGAUGUCAGGCAGCGUUUACAGACUGAAUCCCUCCAAUGGAAAAGUUAAAAGUAAUGUAACCGUCACAAGCUACUGGGGAGGCUUUAAUGGUCUCGUUGCAUAUGAUAGUUCCUUGCAGUUACCAGGUUUGCCAUUAAAUUAUUCAAAAUUGAACUGGUUAUUCUGGAACUUGUGAUUGAAGAUAUAAAAAAUGAUCCCGAGCAAAACUGAGCGACAUUGACUACUCUCACUAAUUAAUUCAUUGCUGUAUGUAAGUGGUUGUAAAAUUACAUUUGUAUAAUUCCACUGUCAGAUUAGUAUCAAAAGAGAAAAAUGGACCCCUUUCGUUUUGAAUGUAAAGGGAGAGGCAGUAACUAUAAACUACAAAUCUAGAAGUUGCAAUACCAAUUAAAAGCUAAAACUCGACAAACUGUCUCCCAGUUAGCUCGGAAGCUGACAUACGGUUUAAAAUGCAACUUAACACAGAAUUCUCAUUAAAAACAGUAUUUUGGUCAUAUUUUGUUUCUUACCAGAAAUUGGUCAAAAAUCGCAAAUCAGUUGGCUGCUGUCGAGUGCAUUCCUCCUGUGUUUACGUUGGGUAGAUUUUCACUUGAGUUUUGUUCCUUUUUCAUCACAGUGAUAACAUGUCCAGUGCCUUCACCAUCCAGUGGUACAAGAGCCAUAUGUCCGAGGAAUGCAACAAUGCAUCACAAUACAGUGUAUUACAAUACAACCUGUCAGUUCUCGUGUAAGGAUGGCUAUGUAGGAUCUGUAGGAUCUGGCUCUCAAGUAAGAAGAUGUCAGCGCAAUGGAACUUGGAGUGGACAGAAUUAUUCUUGUCGAAGUAGGUCCUCGAAGCUUGGUAAUGACCGAUAUGUAAUAUAUUCCGUUUUAUUUUGUAAAUAACCACCGGCAGGUCAGUACAUUCGGUGUCUGGUGGGAGUGAGUAUGAGUCGCUGCCGUGUACAAGUGUACCUUUGGUCAGCGGAGUUUUUACUGCAAAGGUGAAGCAGCAUGGAACUCCUUGCCAGGGGAGUUGAGAAACUAUGCGACUUUUAAAUCGAAAAGCAAACUACAGGCCCUUCUCUUUGACGAGUUUUAACUGUCCAUACACUAACACUGAAAUUAGACUCUUAAGUAGUUUUAAGAAUUAUAAUUAUAUGCGUUUUAAUAUUGAUAUUAGUACUUUAUAAGCUGUAUUUUCUAGGGGCCGGUUAUUAAGACAACGUUUAGCCGUUCUCAUCGCCCAGAACUCAGCGACAUAUCCGGGACUUUUAUUGAGACGCUGGCGCUAAAUUUAAAAGCUAAUUUAAAAAAAUGCAUUCAUCGGCACGAAGCGGAUCGACAGACCUGUUCUCGAAGGCGGUGAUGAGAUCUUCCGGCAAAUUUUCGGGUGGUUCCCAUGUAUUUUCAUUCGAGGAGUAGUUCUGCCAUUGAAUUAAGUACUUCUCUCUGCCUCCUUUCACUCGUUUUGUGACAAUAUACGCUCGACUUCGUAAACGCCCACAACAAUUGGGCGGUAUUUUGAAUUACAGGCACGAUCGCAAACAUCAUUGAAUAAUGUCGCGUAAAAGCCUGGCUGAUGUCUCAAAUGCUUGGACAUGUUAUCUCUCAUUCAACUGAAUGGAUUGAAUAAAACUUGACUCUUUCAGGUGUUUUGAUUAAUCAAAACGGAUCCAAAUAUGAAUAAUUAUCUAACUAUUCCCUCAGGCGUAAGCCUGUUUUAGGCGGGUAUUUGUUUGUUUUUCUCUUUGCCGUCCGGACUUCAAAGAGAAAAAAAAUCCGGUAAUAUGCUCUCGGUCACACUGUGCGUUAACCGGCACAGUAAAAGAGCGCGAGCGUGAAGUUCAAGUGAGUGACCCGUGCCUCGCACGCUCUUGUAAACUCUAUCGCACCUUGGGAUUUACUUUACGCAUCCAACCGUUUGAUUGACAGCAGCUGAAAUCUGCAAAGAGACUCAAGUAUUCCCAAAGCUAAAUCUGUUGGCCAAUAUAGCCAACUAGUUCUAGACCUGCAAAUUAUGCCGCGCGUUGAUAAAUUGGGCACUGUAAGUUCAUGUCGCGAGAAACAUUAGCUUUCUAGGCGAUGUUUAACAAAACUGCGUUCUAAACUAUCUUGAAUUUAGCUGAAUCUUUUAUCUGAACAUUCAUUACUGUGAAUAGCGUCAGGAGGCCGAAAGCAAAGAGUUUCUUUUUCCUUAGAGCUAUCUAGGACUCUUCUUAGGGGAAUGUUUGAAUAAAAGCAUACAAGUACAUAUAGGAACGUGGUAAAAUGGUCGAACGUUUCUAAGGAACCAUGAGAAUUCUCCAAUAAGUCUUCUGCGUAAAUGAAUGGUGACGUCAUUAUUCAACGAGUUUGCGAGCCCCGGUUGAUUUUGAAAGAAGCAAGUGUUUUUUAGUUUCGAUUUCUUGAUAGCAAAUUCCAGUGCAUAAGAGCCAUUGAUUUUAGGGUAGUCUGCCCAAAUUUUGUUUUCAUCUUUAGGAGGUCUAGGAAAGUCUCUAAGGGAUCGAAAUGGUCUUUGUAAACGUAUUCCUAGGCUAUUUAGUGUUAUCAACUCCUUACCUGCAUGCGAAGGUAAAUGUAAAUUGGAAAAGAAAAAUUUAGUUUAAAUGUUUUAUUUAAUCAACAUUUUUAUUUGGCUUCUUGCUUUUGAAAGUUAAUAAAACUUUUAAUUAUGUUAUAACCAUAUUGAUUAUUAUCUAUGUGUGUUGUGUUGCAGAGAUCACAUGUCCAGUACUGUCUCCACCAACUCAUGGAACAAGAUAUGGAUGUCCAGGAAAUGUGCCAUUAUAUAACGGUACUGUCUGUCGGUUCACGUGUAAUAAUGGCUAUGUAGGAUCAGGAUCUCAAGUCAGAAGGUGUCAGUACGAUGGAACUUGGAGUGGACAGAACUUCGUUUGUAAAAGUAGGUUCCCAAAGUUUAUCAGAUAGAAAGAGUAAUGUUCAUACGUCAAAACGAACAAGAAGUCAUUGAUAACUGAUUGCGGAAAAUGUUAGUUUAUCUCAGCUUCUUUCUAUUUUUUUAGUCAUCAACUGUACAUCGCUAAUGAUAAACUGCAUUUGCAGCUCAGUUCUAACACAGGGCUGUGUCUAAGAACUCGGCCAACCAAUAUAAUUAUUCCAGUUCAUUUAGUUCUCCCACACGCGCAGUCAAUAACCAUUGAGUUUUUCUAAAACCGAAAAAAGAGGUAAUUCUUCAGUCGAUAGUUGAUGAAAUGCGAGAGUUAUGAAACUCCAAACUAUCCCCUUGUUAUACCUGAUUGUGAGCUUUUUAAAAUCAUGUUUAUUUGACACUGUUCUAGUUUUGAUUUUGGUCUUACUAUUUUGUUUUCCCCUUAUAUACAUUUAUAAAAGACACUACAUGCCGUGUUAUGCGUAAAUUUUUUAGCCGAGGAUCGGAGAACCAUUUCUACCCGACAUCAAAUGUCUGCAUGGCUUCCGCUGAACUUAUUUCUCUCUAUAGUCAGAGUUAAAUGCCAGGUUGUGAUAUACUCGAAAGAUGAGUGUCAUGCUAAUUAUAAUCGGAUUUCUUCUUCAGCUUUAAAGUGCCCGACCUUGUCAUUACCGAGGAAUGGUGUCCUCUUGGGAUGUAACACCAAUAACACAGAGAUGUCAUAUGACACUGAAUGCAGGUUCUUUUGUAAGGAAGGAUCUGAAGCGAUUGGUGCAACAAUAAAGAGGUGUGCUGAAAAUGGAACGUGGAUUGGACCAGACCUUGUUUGUCCAGGUACGAGAGAUGCGAACUAUUGGUACUAUCAAAAUGUUAUGGAAUUUAAGUGGUUUUCCCUAAUUUUUACUUGUUGUAUUCAUUGCGUCGCAUGA